CUUUGGUAAAGCCUCCCAGUCACAGCCCUAUUUUCUUUCUGCUUUUGUACCGAUCUGUGUUCUAUCUGCAGAUUCCCUCCUUCCCCAAAUAUGGAACUAUAAAAUGAUCGGCAUGGAUGAUGUCAGAGAAAGAGGACCGGCAGCUGAUGUCGUCGCCACGAGCCAAGGGGUGGUAGUUUUGUCGCGAUCUCCUAAUGAAAACCCUGGAGAUGGCAAUCCGCCGGCGGCUGCUCUCGCCGACAUCCUGAAGGCGCUCGAAGUCGUAGAGAGGGAUUCCGUCGCCAUUACCGAGAGCUUUACCUCCCUGUUCUCCUCCCUCCGUCUCGUUCUGGCAGAGGCCUCUAGUACCUCACUUGAGAACAUGCAGUGCUUUAAUGAUGUCGUUGGUCGUCUACAAGAAUCUGCGCUUGAUGCCGCAACGAAGGGCAAUCAUUACAUAAAUUCAUACCUGAGAUUGCAUGAGGAAAUGAGGAACUUGGAAACUCUUGCAUUGCAGUUACAAGUAUUGAGGAAGAAUGUGGACUCACUGGAUCAGAUCUACAAGGACGAACUGCGAGAUCCUAGAAGGCUCAAAGAUAAAGAUAAAGUUGUCAACUGUUAUUACAUUCAAGUUAUUUAACAUUUUGCUUGUGCGGUAGCCUAUAAUUCUUUAGAUGGAUUGCUCUCUUGUGGGACGAUAUUUUGUGGUUGGUGAUGUUGAGCUUAGUUUGGUUGUGCGGACGGGAUGGUAAGGCCUACCUUUCUUCUUGUUGCUUGUCGUGUGGUGGCUAAUUUGUAGUACUUCGUGGUUUGGUUAGUUGACAAUUUCAUUUGCCCUAGUAAUUCAAUUUGUGUUUGAAAUGCAA